AUGGCGGCCCCUCCGUCCCAAUUCCUUCUCCUCAUUUGCACCAUUUUCAUCUUCCUCGUUACUUCUUCACGCGCCGGCGACGCCGCACAAGCGAACUCCGACACGCCCAAUGUUGUCUACUCCGACCAAAACGCCGCCGCAUCCUCCUCUUCCACCUCCUUAAAUGUCUCCCCUGGCCCCACCUCCGAAGCCCCUAACGCCGUCACCGUCGCCGGCGCCGGCGCCGGCGGAGACACGACGGGUCUGGACGUGGGGUCAUUUAAGAGCGUCCCGACGGUAAAGGACACGCCGGCGGUGAACAUGUUCGUGCAAUCGACGAUGCAGAAGUCGAUGACGAAGACGGAGAAUUUCAUCGACGACGUGAUCGAGAAGCGGCUGGCCGACCCGGGCACCGACGCGGAAACCAAGGACUGCCUGAACACGUGCAAGGAGUCGUACGCGCUGUCGAUGAACGCCAUGAAGAAGACGAUGGAGGACGUGAACGACGGGAACCUCUACAAGGCCAACGUGGACGUCAGCGCCAUGGCCUCCCACGCCGACACCUGCAAGGAGUGCAUGCGUCAGGUUUACGGCGACGACGAUCCCGAGUUCAAGAAGUUCGAGGCCUGGAUCGACGGCGUCACCGACGAUUGCCUUAACAAGAUCACCGGCCUCAAGAAUAAUCAAUGA